AUGGAGAACAACGCGAUGAAGUUGUUGAUGAAAUUCAAUGAGUCAAACAUUGCAUUGAUCGAAGAAGUAGAGGAGAUACACUGGGAAAAAUCAGACGAUGAUGGCUUCGAGGGUUGCUCCCCAGGCGACUUCACAGAAAUCAAGUCAUUGACUCCGUAUAAAAAUGUGGAGAAAGACGUGGAGAGUGGGAAGGAGCCAGAAUUUAUCUUUAGGAAGAUCAAAUUCAACUACAAGCUAGUGGGCCGGAUCUACCUACACAUGAUCACGACGAUCAAGGAAUUCCAGUCAUGGAAGGGAGAGUCUGACAAAGAAGCAUUGGCAAACCGAGAGCAGUUGGAAGACCUCCUUGAGGACUUGGCUCUCUGCCAUGCGGAAGAAGAAUCGAACGCCAAGUUCGAAGAGAAAACCAGGACAGAUGCCGAACGAAGAAUUCAGGAAUUUGAGCGACAAGCGAGUGUAGCCAAAGCUGAAUUCUACAAAAUCAAAGCAGAGCUCCAAGGUGAGCAGAAGCUAAAAGAGCACGUACGCUGCCUGGAGGAAGAACUUGCCGCCCUUAAGGGAACAGUGUCAACCUACAGACACAAGAACAAAGAGCUGGAGAGCAACUUAAAGUCUCAAAGGAACGACCUCCAAGAGAUGAGGUUCAGACUGGCAAAUUCGGAGGCUGUGGUGAGGGAGUAUGAAGAAGCAGCAGCCGGACUCCGCCAGAAUUGCGAAGCGGCUGAACAGAGGGCGUCUGAUCUAGAGGCCCAGUUCCAGAACAAGUGCUCCGGCUGUACUGCUCCCGAGACCACUACAGUUCUUGCACCUAGUUCUGUACGAGUGCUCGUCCCGAAAGGGGCAGUUGAACGCAUAAGAGUUGAGCCCGUCGGCAGUAAGCAGCAGGCAGAGCAGUUCGACGACUCAGUCGAGAACCUUUAUAAUGUGGGAGAAACUGUGAAGGAAAAGAAAAGGAGGCCAAAAAGGGACCAGAGGAAGAAGAAUUUUAUAAGCUUUGCAGAGCCAUCGCAUCGACCAGAACCCGGCCAGCCAGAGUCAUGCAGGCCAGAGUCAACUCAAUCAGAGGCCAGCGCGACAGAAGAUGAACCGCAAGAAACCAGUAUUCCCAUACCAUAUAUUCACAGAAACCUUGAUCCAUCCAAGAGAGAUGAGAACUUCCCGCCUCUUCCCUUGGAUUCACAGUCCUCAAUGAAGCAAGUCAUAAGAACAACAGUCAUGUUUCUUGGUGCUGUGCUUGGAGCCCAAACGACCCAGAGAGGGACUAUUGGGUUCAUCCCUUUUGAAUUCCAUUUUGCUGAGAAUGUGGAGAAAUUCUUAGUUGAUUAG